CGGCGACGAGCACUUCUCGCUGGCCGUGCAGGAGGGCCCCGGCGGGGACCAGCGUCCCGAGCUGGUGCUGGCGAAGGCGCUGGACCGGGAGGAGGCGGCGUUUCACGAGCUGGUGCUGAGGGCGAUGGACGGCGGAGAGCCGAGGCGGACGGGCACGGCGCGGAUCCGCGUGUCGGUGCUGGACGCGAACGACAACGCGCCCGUGUUCAGCCAGGCGGAGUACACGGUGCGUGUGCCAGAGGACGUGCCCGUGGGCUCCGCUCUCGUCACGGUCACGGCCACCGACGCCGACGAGGGGAUGAACGGACACGUGGAAUACAGUUUCCAUAAAAUUUCAGACCGGGCAUCGCAACUCUUUCACUUGGACUCUGAGACAGGAGAAAUAUCCCUUCAAGGCGAUUUGGACUUUGAGGAAAUGUCUGCGCAUGAAUUGGAGGUGCAGGCUCGGGACGCAGGAGAGCUUUCUGACACAUCGAAAGUCGCGAUCACGGUGACAGAUGUGAACGACAAUGCACCCGAAAUGACGGUUUCGUCAAUGCUAAGCGCGAUCUCUGAGGCCUCGCCGCCGGGGACGGUGGUGGCCCUGCUGCACGUGCAGGACCGGGACUCGGGGGCCAACGGCGACGUGCGGUGCAGCAUUGCCGAGCGCCUCCCGUUCCGUCUGGAGAAGACGUUCGAGGACUACUAUCGCGUGGUGACUGCACAGGAGCUGGACCGGGAGGAGGUGUCGGCGACAACGUGUUACAAUGUGAGGUUGCGGGUGUCGACCGGCGGUUCCCCGCCGCUGUGGAGCAGCGCGGUGCUGGCGCUGCGCGUGCUGGACGUGAACGACAACGCGCCGGUGUUCGCGGAGGCGCGCUACAGCGCCCGUGUGCCCGAGAACAACGCGGCGGGCGCGCUGGUGCUGACGGUUCGGGCGUCGGACGCGGACUGGGGUCAGAACGCGCGCGUGCGGUACCGGCUGUGGGAGGGUCGGGUGCGCGGCGCGGCGCUGUCGUCGUACGUGUCGGUGCAGGCGGAGACGGGCGCGCUCUCGCACUUCGUGGGCAUCGACGGCGUCCGCGCCUUCCUGCACUCCUACUCGCACGAGGUGUCGCUCACGGCCGACUCGCGCAAGAGCCAGCUCCGCUUCUCGGGCGGCAGCUGCUGCGACACCCUGCCGGCCCGCCCGCCGCCCGACGAGCCCGCGCCGCUGCUCGGGGAGGACCCUGCCGCCGCCCGCCGCGCCGAACCCGACCCCGACCCCGACGCUCCCUCG